AUGGACAUCCUCCUCUCCCUCCCGAUAGUCUCCUACUUCCUCGCCCCCUCCAUAACCUCCUGGUCGACCUCCCUCAACCUCCUCUUCUUCUACAUGACCUGGACAACCCUUGUCCUCUCUCAUGGGCCCCUCAAGAUCCAGCUUCUCGGCGCCCUCGCCAUCCGCCUCAUUCUCUGGCUCCUCCCCUCCCUCGCCUUCCUCCUCUUCGACACCCUUCUCCCCUCCCUCUCAGAAUCGAUCAAGACCGCCGGCGCCGCAGCCCUCCCGCCAACCCACGGCCCGACCCUCCUCAAGACCCUCGCCCUCGCCCUCUUCAACCUCGUCCUGUCUGCCGGUCUCGAGGGGGGUACGAGCCUGGCGUACGCAUCCUACUUCCGCGAGCCCCUCUUCCGCGCAUCCUCGGCCUUGCCGCUGCCAUUUCAGCUCAUAAAGCACGUCGCUUUCCUCAUUGCUGCGCGCGAGGUCCUGACGUACUACAUCCACACGCGCAUCCUACACUCCCGCGGCAGACGCAUCACCUCGACGCGCAUAGGCAAGCUUCAUGCUUCGUACGCCCACGCCCGCGCCGCGCCGCCGUUCUCGCUGAUGCUCUUCGCCGACCACCCGAUACCAUUCCUGCUCCACCGCAUCGUACCCAUUUUCGUGCCGGCUGUGGUCCUCCGCCCCCAUCUUUUGACGUACUUUUUGUUUGUUGGCUUCUGCACCAUCGAGGAGACCAUGGCCAUGUCUGGGUACAGCGUCGUCCCGGGUAUCGUCAUGGGCGGAAUCACGCGCCGGACGGCGAUUCACUAUGCCGGCCAGGGGGGUGGCAACUUUGGUGCGUGGGGCGUGUUGGAUUGGGCUCAUGGCACGAGUGAGGGACAGGACGUGAUUGAUGAUAUGCGAGCCGAGGCGGAGAAGCACCGUAUCAAGGAGCGGAGUGAGAGAGCGGCCAAUAAUGGCGUUGGAUUCGUGCAGGAGUUGAAGAAGGGCCGGGGACGCAAGGGGAAGAAGAGCAACUGA